GAGGAUGCUCCUCUUUGUCAAAUUCUGCAGAGUCCAGAGUUUCCUCUGCUAUAUAAAAAAGGAGAUGUGAUGAUUGGAGGAGCCUUUUCCAUCCACAGCAAAAUCACACAACCUCCACUUUCCUUCACAGAGAAGCCACGACCUCUCAAGUGUUCAAGUGUCAACCUCAGGGAGUUUCGAUUUGCCCAGACAAUGAUAUUCGCUAUUGAGGAAAUAAACAAAAGUACAUUUCUUCUUCCUAAUGUUUCUAUUGGAUAUCGAAUUUAUGACAACUGUGGCUCAACAUUAUCCUCAAUGCGUGCAACCAUGGCUCUGAUGAACGGUGAUGAGUGGAUUUUGGGAAAGACAUGCUCUGGUCAAUCAGCUGUUCAUGCUAUUAUUGGGGAGUCUGAAUCCUCUUCAACAAUUGUACUAUCACGCACUACUGGACCUUUCAGAAUACCAGUGAUAAGUCAUUCAGCUACUUGUGAGUGUUUGAGCAGCAGGAAAGAGUAUCCCUCUUUCUUUCGAACCAUUGCCAGUGACCUCUAUCAAAGCAGAGCCCUUGCCCAGCUGGUCAAACACUUUGGCUGGACCUGGGUUGGGGCCCUCAACAGCGACAGUGAAUAUGGCAACAACGGCAUGGCCAUCUUCCUUGCUGCAGCCAAAGAGGAGGGAGUGUGUGUGGAAUAUACAGAGAAAUUUCACAGAGAAGAGCCGGAAAAACUCCUGAAAGUGGUCGAAGUGAUCCAAAAGAGUACUGCUCGAGUGAUUGUUGCUUUUAUGGCACAUGUAGAAAUGAACAAUCUCCUAGAGCAGUUAAGUCUGUACAACAUCACUGGUCGGCAGUUCAUUGGUGUGGAGGCCUGGAUCACUGCUGAAAGCCUUGUGACUCCUACCAGCUUUAGUGUGCUGGGAGGUUCACUCGGCUUUGCUGUGCAAAAGGCCAACAUCAGUGGGUUAGAUGAUUUUUUAGUCAAAGAUUUCUGGGAAAUGGAGUUUCAGUGCAAUGACACAAACACGGAUGGUAUUACAGAAACUUGCAAGAACAACGAAGAUCUAGUUGAGCUAAGAGGUUAUGAUGAUGAUGUGGAAGAGCUGAGAUAUUCCAGUAACAUAUACAAAGCAGUCUAUGCUGUAGCCUCUUCCAUACACAGCAUCCUGAAGUGCUCAGACAGUCGGGGGUGUGAAAACACUGUGGAGAUUAAGCCCUGGCAGGUAGUGGAGUCUCUAAAGCAGGUGAACCUAACUAUAAAAAAUGGUGAUCAGGUGUGGUUUGACAGCACUGGAGCAGCAGUGGCCAAGUAUGAGGUGGUGAACUGGCAGCGUGGCUCAGAUGGAUCGGUUCUCUUUAAACCAGUUGGCUACUAUGAUGCUUCCCUACCUCCUGGACAGAUGUUUGUUCUCAACACUGAGGCUAUAAUGUGGCCUGGAGGAAGCAAGGAGUUGCCAAUAUCAGUGUGCAGUGAAAGCUGUCAUCCAGGGACUCAUAAAGUCCUUCAAAAGGGAAAACCUGUGUGCUGUUACGACUGUGUACCAUGUCCAUUUGGAGAAAUCAGCAACACUACAGAUUCUAAUGACUGCAAAAAGUGUCCUGAAGAAUUUUGGUCCAAUCAGAACAGAGAUGCAUGUGUGCUGAAAAAUAUAGAGUUUCUCUCAUUCACUGAAGUCAUGGGCAACAUUCUUGUGUUUUUCACUGUGUUUGGGGUGCUUCUUACCCUAAUAGUAGUCACUCUAUUCCUAAUCAAUAAGGACACUCCAUUGGUGAAAGCAAACAACUCCGAGCUGAGCUUCUUGCUGCUAUUCUCCCUGUCUCUGUGUUUUCUGUGCUCACUAACCUUCAUCGGCCAACCCUCAGAGUGGUCCUGCAUGCUGCGACACACAGCAUUUGGCAUCACAUUUGUCCUUUGCAUCUCAUGUAUUCUUGGAAAAACAAUAGUGGUUUUAAUGGCAUUUAAAGCAACACUUCCAGGCAGCAAUGUGAUGAAAUGGUUUGGGCCUGCACAACAGAGACUCAGUGUUUUAGUUUUCACUCUUAUACAAAUAAUAAUAUGUAUUGUAUGGCUGACAAUAAAUCCUCCUAUUCCCUUCAAAAAUAUGACUAACUAUAAGGAUAGGAUUAUUCUUGAAUGUGCUCUGGGGUCAGCUGUUGGGUUCUGGGCUGUGUUGGGAUACAUAGGACUUUUAGCUGCACUUUGUUUUGUACUAGCUUUUUUGGGCAGAAAGUUGCCUGAUAAUUUCAACGAAGCUAAAUUUAUCACCUUCAGCAUGUUGAUAUUCUGCACAGUCUGGAUCACCUUCAUACCAGCUUAUGUCAGCUCACCUGGGAAAUUCACUGUUGCUGUGGAGAUUUUUGCCAUUCUGGCUUCAAGUUAUGGGAUACUUUUUUGUAUAUUUGCACCAAAAUGCUUUAUUCUUGCAUUGAGGCCUGAACUGAACACAAAGAAACACAUUUUGGGAAAAGUGCAGUCUUGA